GGCAUAUAUGUAUGAAAUAACAAAUCACUAUGACAACAAAACAUUUUUCACAAUGUCAGUCUCUGGAUAAAAAUAGAAUUACACAAUGGAUAGUAAUAAAUUGAUAAAAACAGAUAAUGAUGUAUUUCCGGAAGAUGAUUAUCAAGAGAAUGCAAGUGAAACUCAAGUACAAAUGCCGCACGAUAGCGAUAAUAACGUUCCUGAUGAUGAAUGUGUGGAGAAUGGAAGUGUGAUAAAUAGUCCAGUGCAAUUUAAUCAUUCCUAUGGAUACGAUUGUCGUAGAUACUUCAAUCUCUGUGUUCCUGAUCCAAAUACAUUGAUUUUUUCAUCUGGAGCUUUUAUUCAUUUUUAUGAUGUUGUAAACAAUAGAGUAACAUUUAAAAGGUGCUCGAUGGGCACCGGAAUAGGUCAUAUAGCGAAGAAUCCUCAAGAGUCUCAUAUAGCUGUUGGUGAAACAGGUGAAAACCCACCAAUAAUAAUUUACAAAUGGCCUAGUAUGAAUGUAAUAACAGUUCUGCAAAAUGGAACGAAAAAAAAUUAUUCGCACUUGGCGUACAGUCCUGAUGGUAAAUUACUAUUAUCCCAGGGCUGCAGUCCCGAUUAUUUAAUAACAAUAUGGAAUUGGAUUAAAUCAAUACCUUUGUUAAGGUGUAAAUCUCACGAGCAGGACAUCCAUAAUGCUAUUUUUUCACCGAGUGUUCCUGGGCAUUUGGUAACAAGUGGAUCGGGUCAUAUUAAAUUUUGGAAAAUAUCAAAAACAUUCACUGGACUUAAACUUGAAGACAAAUUAGGAAAAUUCGGGAGAACUGAGAUUUCGGAUAUCAUAGGUCUUUAUUCAAUGCCAGAUGAGAAAGUGAUAUCUGGUUGUGAAUGGGGAAAUAUUCUCAUAUGGGAAGACGGUCUCAUCAAAUUAGAAGUGAGAAGAAAGAAUAAUAAACCGUGUCAUUUGAAGAUGAUUACACAAUUUGAGUAUUACAAUGGCGAUUUAAUGUCAAUUGGCAUGGACGGGUGGCUGAGGGUCUGGUCGUAUGAGACAAUUGAUCAGACAGAUGUAUCUCAGGACAAAGGAUUCAUUGAAAUUGAACCAAUAAAUGAAUUUGAAGUGAAUAUUGAGAGGAAUCUCAUUGAUGUGUCAUUGACAUCCACAAUGAUCAUGUCGUUAAAGAAAAAAGAUCCAAAAAAUGAUAAUGAUAAAGAAUGGUAUGCACAAGAUGGUAAUGGAGGCUUAUGGCUAGUUGAUUUGUCAACAUUUGAUGAUCAGACUGGAAAGAGUGACGAGGAAAAUGGAAAAAAUAAAAAUGCAACUAGACAAUUAUUGAGAUGUCAUGCAGGUCCUGUUAUGGAUAUGAGCGUAUGUACUUGGAGUCAUUAUCUAGCAACUAUUGGAUCUGAUUGUUAUCUUCACAUUUAUAAUUAUGUGGCUAAGAAGCUCAUUAUAACUCACAAAUUUAAUGAUGAAGGAAGCUCAGCUGUAUGGCUACCAUGCUCUCUUGAUAAAACUGGUUCUACUAUAAUAUGUGGUUUUCAUAGUGGAGUAAUUCGUGUUGUAGCUGUUGCUAUCGCCUCAUCUGAUAAUUAUGAACCUCCGACAGCUACUAGAGAAAAUAAAACUCAUUUAAACUGUCUUCAGUUAAUUCAAGUCGUUAAACCACACACUAACGAGGUAACAACUCUCACAUUAAAUGUUUCAUCAAAAUUGUUAAUAACUGGCAGUGAAGACUCGACAAUUUUUUUAUUUUCUAUUCAAAAUUAUGCUGAACGUAUCAAUUUAAUACCAAUUGGUUUUAUAAAAGUGCCAUCGGGUAUCACGCGCAUUAAUUGGAAGCCUGAUAAUUCAUCAACAAUUUUAAUUGGCUGCACAGCAGGUCAUUUCGGUGAAAUUGAAUUACCGAAACAAUUACCACUGCAUAAUAAGGAUCGCCAGACAUAUCAAUUGGAUGACUAUCAGGCGAAAUUUUUUAAAUUUCGGUCGAUUAAAUCUGCACUCAAACGUGAAAUAGUUAAACAGCAGGUUGAAAAACAAGCGAUGGAAAGAUUGGAAGCAAUGAAAAAGAAGUUGGAAGAAUAUAAAUCACUGAAUCCUGGUGUUGAUAUCGAUGAGGAAGUAUUUCUAGAAGAUAUUGAAGAUCCUUUACCACUUCCUGAUAUUUAUGUACCAAGUAAACCGAAUCCUGUGCAGAACAUUGAUUACACUAAUACUGGAAAUAUCUGGAUAUCAAUGGGUGGAUAUGAUGCUGGCUAUAUCUACGAAUAUCCCAGUAUAAAAAUUGAACAAACAAAUAAUAAUCAGAGUGAAUAUUGUAUUGAGGAAGUCGAGCCUUUGAAAGCCACUCCGUUGCAAGACGCUGACGAUUUGGAAUUGCAAAGUUUUUUACUUUACAAUGAUACAUUCAUCAUCUUGGGUAUUCAACAUGGACAACUACGUAUUUGCCGUGUAGAUCCCAAUAAUUUUACAAAUUUUUCCCAUCACUUGUGCUUACCUAUGCACGACUAUUAUCAUGGUUACAUGAAGAAAAUAUUGUUGAGUUAUGAUGAGCAAUAUUUAUUUACCUGCGGUUAUGAUGGAAACAUUUUUUCGUAUCUUGUGAAUUUUUGUGAAGUGGAUUCAUCGGUUAAAAUUCAAUUUGAAAGUCAUGAUAGAACUAGUGUAGAAAUCCGAGGAAUUCAGGAGAAAGAAGUUGAUGAUAUCAGAGAUGUGAAUUAUCCGAGCUUAGAACAAGUAUUAAUAACAGCUGAAUCAAAUAGGAUUAUGACAGUCACCAAGAAAAAUAGAGACGACAUGUAUCACUUGUUACGGAAUUUGACUAAAGAUUAUCAGGCAAUAAUGGAGCGUAAUAAGGCCUUGAUAAAGUCUCAGCAGAUUCCCCCCAGUAAUUUUAUAUUGGACAACCGAAUUGUCAAUGAUUUGAACUCUCAAUUGAAAUAUGAAAUGGAUUUGAUAACUCAGCGAAUGGCAUUUAAACUUGAGAAGAGUAAAUUAAUUCUUAAAAAAUUAAUGGAUCAUUUCGUAUCACCAAUCACUUGCCUUCCAUUUGCUGUUUGUCGGACGUCUAAGCCAGAUAAAAUUAUCCACUCAGUAAAGGAAAAGAAACUUGAUGAAGAUUUCCAGAUUAAAUAUGCGGACAUUCUCCAGAAUAUUUCCCAGACUGAAGAUUCACGGAAAUAUUCUCAAGAUAAUCAUUUGAAAAUGGAUAAAAGUGAAGAUCAAGAAGAAGAAAUGAGCAAUAAAGAGGAAGAAAUAAAGGGAAAAAUUGAUGGUAUAGUUAGCUAUCUACAGGAUCAAUAUCGCCUUUUACCGGAUGAGGGGAAAUUAACGGUAGAAAUGAAGCAGAUAUUAAGGCGUUACAAUGUUAAAAGAAUUCAAAUGGAAAAGAGAGCUAAAGAGUGGAAAAUAAUGCAUGAAAAAAAACCAGAUCCCAAUUGCGAUCAUCCAGAUGACGUGCGAAAUGUUGAAAAUGCCAGGAACACAAUUGGUGAUUACAAAUUGAAAGUUUCAUCGGAUUAUAACAGGAAGUGUCAACAAGAACAGGAAACAACACUCGUCAAAUACAAACAAUUAUUGGAUUGUAGAAAACAGUGUCACUAUUUACGCGAGGUAUUCAAUGACAGAUUAAAGUCUGUAAGAUCAAAAAAAAUAUCUAUUCAAAAUGAAAUUGAUAACUUAGCAGUUAAAAAAUUGCAUUCAAUACAUUCAGAGAUUGGAAAAAAUUCUAUAAAGGAAUUACCAGAAAUGAGACAAAUCGAUGAUUCUAUCGAAUAUCCGGAGAACAAUUUGAAAAUGGAGAAGUACGUUUCUAUGGGUGAAAAAGUGAAAGAGGCACGGCGGCAAAAACAAUCGAUAAUUGAAGAAACAAUGGAACAGGGUUUUGAUGAAGAAUUAAAAAUGAUUAUAACUGAUGAAAGUAUUUUGUCAUAUUAUUCAGAGUUGGUACCGACUUCGUUGAAUAUGAGGGACAAAAAACGAAUAAAGGAAGUUGAAAUAACGGUGCCUGAGAGUGUGCAAAGGAUAAUGGAAGAAAAUGAUCGAACGAUAACACCAUGGGAGAGAGAGAUGAAGACAGUGCGUUUAUCAAGAAAACUAUACGAACAAGAUUGUAUAAUAAAGAAUAUUGAAAUGAAAUAUGAAGAAAUAGAUCGAGAACUGGAUGAAUUGGAGAAUGAUAGACUAGCUGUACACGUAGACGGUGUCUAUUUUGAAUUGUACAAACUGACAUUAAAUCAAGAACUGCUAGUUCUUCAAGAUUGUGAAAUAAUGGAGAACUCACUGAGGGAAAAGGUAAAUAAUAAAAUACAGGAUAAACAAACUACUGUCGAUAAAUUACAAUUGACUAUGAAAAAUAUUGAUAAGAAAAAUCGGUAUAUCAAAAUGAUGCAGACAAAAAUUAAAGAACAAACAGGAUAUUUUAUGAAUGCAGUACAUGAUAAUAAAUAUUCAAAAUUUUUGACAAGAAUUUUCAAAAAAAAGAUUAAAACUAAUACAAGUACGGGACAGCAAGCAAAUUCUUCCAAUCAAGAUAGCUCCGAUAGUUCUGAUAGUUCUGAUGAAACUAGCACGGACGAACAAUAUAGUGACGGUAGUAUUGAUAUCCAUAAGAUUGCAUUAACUACUUUUGAUGAAAAUGUCUGCCCGACAGAUUGCUCUCAAGAAUUGUAUGAUUUAGCAUUUUCAAUGCGUUUAAUGCGUCACAAUAAUGAAAACGAAAUUCGAGAUGAGCAAAAAAAUGUAGAAACUCUAAUGCGAGAAGUCGAAUAUUAUUCUAAACAAAUUCAAUUAAUUGAAGCUGCUCUGCAGAGUAAUGAAAAAAUACUAAAUGAUUUUUUGUAUGAUAAGCAAUGUAAGUUGAAUGAUAUCGAUAUUACUUUAACACUGAAUUUCCAUCAACUUGAACAUUUCGUUGACGAUGAUAAUUUAGAAAAUAUAUUCAAUUGUGUUGUCUUUGAUAUGACGAGAUUAUCACAAUUGUAUACCAGAGUCGGUGAAUUGCAGCGCGAAACAUACGAUCAAACAAUAAGGCAUAAACAAUAUUGUACCCAUUUGCAUAGAAUGAAUAUAGACUGCAAAUAUAUGAAAACUCAGAUUAAAAAAUUGAAAAGUGAAAUUAACGGUGAAAUGAUAAAGAAAUUUGGAUGUCCAAUCGCCCUUGCUUCACUUUAUGAAGCAGUGAUAAGAAAACUUAUUUAUAAUAUAAGAGCAAAUAUGAAUGAUAAUUUGACGUAUGAGAAGCAAUUUAAGUGUCUGAAGGAGAGAUACGAUGAGCAUAUUUUAAUAUUGGAAAAUCUCAUCAGAGAUAAUACUGAAAAGUUGAGUAUUCUCACGGUUUUAACGGAGGAGCAAAUGAAAUUUCAUAAGAUAAUUAAAAAAUCACCGCAGUCAUCAAAAAGUAUAUUCCAAAGUGAACUUGAGUGGCGUAAAGAUUUAUGUAAGCUCGAGAGAAUUAUUAUCCGUCAGAAGGAGCAGAAGGAAUUUUUCCGGAAUGAUGUGAGAAAUUUGAAACUUAAAAUACGCUCUCUACCUCCCAUAGUAACGCGAGAGAAGUACCCUUCGAGUGUUAAUAAAUUUUUAAAUAAAAAUAGUAGUGAACAGGAAGCGACGGCAUCUGUCAAGGAUCAGCAUGACUCACGAGCGAAAAAAACAAUAUGUGAAAUGCUCAAAGAUAAGCAUGAUUCGGUCUUUCGCAUAGUUAAAAAUUUAUUGUUGAAAAUUAUUCAUCAGUAUGUGGAGGGCCAAGAAGCUGAUAGCAUUGUUGAUCUUUUUUUCCACGAAAUUUUGAAAAGGCAAUCAAAUGUUUCGAGCGAUUUUAUUGACAGUUUCAUGGAUAUAUGUGAGAAAAUUGAGAAAAGAAUUGAAGAGAUCGCGACAACCACCGGAAUUGCCGAUAAAAUACGGGAAAUUAUUGUUGAAUAUGCGAAUGAAAUAAUUUCACAACUUGAAAUUGAAUCCCAAGGCGUUGGAGUUGGUUCUGUAGAAAUAUCUUGGAAUGUUAAACCAAAACUUGAUGAAUUUUUGGAUAGUAUGAAAAUUAAAAAAGAUAUUACUACUGAGGUAUACGUAAUGAAAUUUUUAAAGAUGGAAAUGGGUGUAGAGCUUGCGACUGAUUAUGUUUUAACAAAAUUAUCUAAAAAACCGGACUCAGAGACAAUGAUAGCAUUUCGCGAGCACGCAUCGAGAACACUAAGGGAAAUUCAAAAACAUAUAGAUGGAGAAUCAGAAACUGAAACUACUGUACAAAGCUCAAACUCUGGCCCGUAAUAGCAUUUAUUA